CUUCAUGUAUUCGCCGCUCGCCUCGAUAACCGAUCCCGGCGGGCUCGAUGAGAACCACUAUCUCUUUGAUAGCUCAAACGAUGAACUCCUAUCAAUACCAAUGCCCCAAGAUGGCGACCAUUUGAAAGGACAAUCCUCUCCCUCCGCCCCCAUGGAUGGUCUCAACAGUCAUCUAAACUACACAGAGUCGAUUCCGUCAUCCGUACACUGUGGCGAUGAUCAGGGGACAUCUUAUAUCAAUGGGAUGCAUAUAAGUGGGGUGAAUGAUCGAGAUGGGUCACCCUCUAGCGGUCAUGUGAAUGGUGUCGAUAUCAGUAACGGCUCCGCCACCGCGUACCAGCCUCACCCUCUCCGAGCAUCAGAUACCAUCGAAGUAUCAACAGGGAAAUCUGGACAAUAUCAGAAACAUAGUACUGGCGAGCCAGAUAUGAUGUUAGACAACAGUGUAUCGAACGAUACAUCGCAUGUAGGGUCCGCCGUAAACCGUCGCCAUGCGACGCAGAACCAUCAGCUUGCUAAAGGCACCCCGAAAGCCUCAUCGACGCCUGAAUCAAAUCUAACGCCGAACCAAGUUGGUCCAGAAACAAGAAGACAGCUGAAAUCCGUCAAAGGGAAGCCUACUGAGUUGAAAGCAAACGCAUCCAUACCCACCGAAAUGUCGUGGGCAGAAUUUGGCCGUCAGUGUAUAUUGGCAGCAGAGAGUUCACGGCUGAACCCCUUUGCUCUUCAUCAAGAAGAGUACAAAAUUUUGCGACACCACGUAACUCACGCCCAGGUCACAAUUUACCUUAAUAUUCGUAACGCUAUUCUCAGACUGUGGACACGGAACCCGCUGGUAUAUGUAAGCCAUGAAGAAGCUGCUGGCUGUGCACGGGAUAAGCGAUACUUCAACUUAGCGAAGGUAGCAUACACCUGGUUAAUGAGGAAUGGCUACAUUAAUUUUGGGUGCGUGGAAACCCCGAAUACUGCGGCCACGAUCCCAUACACCAAGGUCAAACGAGGCGUACAGCGUACGGUGAUCGUGGUCGGAGCUGGAAUGUCCGGACUUGGGUGUGCGCGACAUUUAGAAAGCUUGUUCGCACAGCUCGGCAAUGUCUGGGUUGAGCAGGGAGAGCGACCACCCAAAGUAGUUCUUCUGGAGGCUCGCCCUCGGAUCGGAGGCCGUGUAUACUCACACAAAUUUCUCAAUCAACAAGGAUUGUGACGGGAUACGAACACGGCAACCCUAUGAAUGCUCUCAUUCGUGGUCAACUCGGCAUACCAUAUCACGCUCUCC